AUGGAGGCACUAGGAACUAUCAUCGCCCUGUUGGGCAUGUUGGACAUGGUGUUAGGGUAUGUGGGCUGUCCGGACGCUGACGCAAGUUUGACACCCUGGGACCCCGGACAUGACGAAACAGCUCGUGUCGUCAUUUCCUCUGGGCAAAACUACCUUCUGAUUGGUUCGGCAACUUUUGAAAGUUUGGAGAUAAGGGGAGGGAAGCUAGUUUUUGCCGACAACGGAAAUGACAUCACCCUUCGAGCGAGGAGCAUUCUUGUCGGAGCCGCCGGCGAGCUGCACGUGGGUUCCGAAAGUUGCCGAUACCGCGCGAAGGCGACGAUCGUCCUCUUCGGGCGCUCUGACGAAGGCGCCGAGGACCCGAGGUUCGGUCGGAAGUUCGUCGGAGUCGAACCCGGAGGGACGUUGGAAGUUCACGGUCAGAGGAAACUGUCGUGGACCCAACUCGCCAAGACUGUGGGAGAAGGAGGACUUCCCUACGGCUCUUUCAGCGCCCAUGAGCGGUGGGAAGACUGUUCCACCAGGGCUGAACGCGGCAUCAGCGUGCUGGUAGUGGACCCGGCCACGGCAGCUAGGGUGGACUAUGGGUCGUUCGACACUUACCUGGACUGGGCAGAGAGUGACCGUCUGGUCAACUUUCUGGACAAAAUACCGGACGGGUUCAUAGUGUCCAUGGGUGUGUUAGCUGAAGGGUCGGAAAAACUGAACACCGCCGCCAAAAACGCCAUCGCAGCGCUUGGGAGUAACGUCAUCCACACACUGGGGUUCAGACAAUAUUGGGCAUUUGUGGCUGUCAAGGGAGACCCAAACUCAGCCGUGGAAGACACAGUCAUGUACUCAGUAACGGAAGACACUCCGGCGACAGCUGACAAGGUCUUCACGACAAGUGACGGGGUAGAGUUCAGGGUUAGCGCUGCCAGCUGGUGGGCCAAUGGUCAAAAGCACUUGGAGAUGUCUGUAGACGCUGUGUCACCGGAUACAGUCAUCAGCUUGAAGGAUGACGUCACUUCCUGGCAGCCCGGGGACCGUAUCGUGUUGGCGAGCACGGAUUACAACAUGGAGCAGGCGGAGGAGUUCCAACUGGUGAACUGCCAGGAGUGCUCCACCCACCAGGUCAAACUCGCAGGCAAACCAAAGUACACCCAUUUCGGCGAGAUCUCGGGCGGUGUGGACAUGCGCGGUGAGGUCGGGCUCCUGACCAGGAAUGUCGUCAUCACGGCUGAGACGGAGGACAGUUGCUAUGGCAACAACUUCUGCCAGUACUUCGACUACGACACGUUUGGAGGUCAUCUUAAGGUAGUAGGAGGUUUCACCAAUGUGCACCUGUCUGGCGUGGAGAUCACGAGGAUGGGACAGCAGGUGCUGGGCAGCUACCCUGUCCACUUCCACAUGGCCGGAGACGUGGACGAGCUCGGGGGUUACGCCAGGCCUGCCUACCUGGACGGACUGUCCAUCCACCACUGUUUCUCCCGCUGUGUCACCAUACAUGGCACACACGGGCUCAUGGUGAAGGAUACAGUCGGGUACGACACCCUCGGCCACUGUUUCUUCCUGGAGGACGGCGCAGAGCAGCGAAACACCCUGGACCACAACCUCGGGCUGGUGACGCGGCCCGGGGCCCUGCUCCCGACCGACAGGGACGAGGCCAUGUGCCGAGGGAUCCGCACCGGGGUUUACGGCGACUACAUACCCCAGCAUAGCGAAUGUCUGGCCGUCUCCACAUUCUGGAUCGCCCAUCCAAACAACAAUCUCAUCAACAAUGUCGCAGCCGGAUCCGUGCACUUCGGGAUUUGGUAUCUGUUCCACCACGAACCGACCGGUCUGUCAGCGGGGACGCUCCCGCCUGGUCAGGCAGAACAUGCGCCGCUGGGAAAAUUCUACAACAACAGGGCACACUCCAACUUCAGGCAAGGACUGAUGGUGGAUAACGGAGUGAAGACAACCCAAGCUUCAGCAAGCCACCCUGCAGAGUUCCUCUCCAAGAUCACAUAUAUAAAAUACCACCCGCACGUGGACUCCGAUCCCAGCAAGCCCCGCGUGCCGGCGGUUUUUGACGGGUUCAUCUCGUACAAGAACGCCGGACAGGCCAGCUGGCUGAGAGGGGGCGACAUCGUCGUCAAGAACUGCGCUGUUGCAGAUACCACGGAUAUGACGUUUGCAAGCGAGGGCGGUCCGAUGGGUUCCGGUGACGAGGGCGCCCUGCAGGUGAUCAGUAACUGUGUGUUUGUGGGAGAGAGCGACAAUCUGGGGAACUGUAAGGACCGGGGGCGUGACGUCAGCUGGGCCGCGGGGGCUGACGGGAGAUUCAGGACUCUGUCAAAAGGAGGACAGUACCCAUACCGUGGGUUUGAGAUCUAUGACGGCCCAGUGGCGAUCGAGAACUGCACGUUUAGGAACUUCCGCGUGACCUCGGCCAGACCUGGGGUCAGCGCCCUCGGGUUCCAACUGGAGAACCAGUUUCAAAUGGCGGUGUCCAACGCAGUCAUCAACGCGAAAUUUGAAGAGGUGGAUCUGAGGGUGAACUUCGGAGCCCCAGGAGACCGACACUUCGGUCAGAUGAACCGGGAGGGGGACAAGAUGGGCUCCUUCCACGACGAAGACGGGUCCGUUACCGGGUAUGUCGGCAGUCAUGUUUUCUACAGCGGUAACCACCUGGCUAAAAACCCUGGAUGUGUAGAGCGGCCGGACUGGAACGCUAUGAUAUGCAGCGGCAACUAUGCAAUGUUGUUCAUGGAGGUAGAGAAGCCCAGCACCAACGCCAUGCUCCUGGUACGGGACGAGUACCCUGCCGACCCUGUCACGCUGGAGGGGCUGAACCAAUCCCCGGGGAACAGGCAGAAGCACAACCCGGUCAUCACCGUGGACACGUCCUACACCGUACACUGGACCGGCAGGGCCCCGGAGAAGUUCAAGAUCUACCCCGCUCACUUCAACAAGGACAACUGGGUCCGCCUGGGUCUGUGUUACCCGCCCGGCACGACCUUCAGAGUGACGUACCUCAUCGUGAACCGCGUCACCGGUGCCCAGACCGACUGGCAAUGGAUCGAACCUGCAUCCGACCUGGCGGAGGUGGAACAGGGCGACGGGUUCAACUACUACUGGGAUGACAGCACAGGCCUUCUCUUUGUAAAGGUUAAAGCCCACUACGCCCGGACUGGUGAGAAGGAAUACAGCUACUGUUCCAACAUGGGAUGUGAACGCAUUUUCAUCGAGGCAACCAUGACAUCUAAUGACGUCAGUAACUGCAUGACGUCAGCCUAUCCCAAAUAUGGCCUGUCACCGUCUCCCGGCCUUCCCAUGAUGCUCAGCCAGCACCAGUGCAAUGACUGUGGGGCUAAGGAGCCGAUUCUCCUGGAGGAAAAUGGCGCCUAUGUUGAUGUAUCUGUGGUGUCCCGUGGAUACAGUGAUAUGGACCUGCCGGGCCCAGCUGCUGCUAUCACGGUGGACGGAGUGUCGUACGAUUCUAACGGUGCCUGGGGCUUUAACGUUGUCAUCGUGGAUGCCCAGGACGGGAGCGUCACUGCUCACGCCGUCUUCAUGACCAACCGUGAUCCCUCAGAAGACGCAGCGUGCGCCAACUUCCUGCGUAAUGACGUGCCGAAAAACUCCGUGGUGCUUGUGAGUCUGUACGGGAAUCACAUCCGUUACGCCCGGGACUGUCUGGCAGCUCUAAUGGAAGUCGGAGCAGAAGAGCCUGGGAUCGGGAUAGCCGUUAAAGCGAGCUAUGCCCUCGUUGGCUUCAAGGGAGGCUACCGUACCAACUGGAUCCGCCAGGAGGCACCACGCAAAGGAACCGGACCUGCAGUGAUCCAAACCCGAAUCCCUCUACUGUACUGA